GGCAAAGUAAAAGACGAGAACGCCAACCAAUCCAACGACAACGCCAGCGGAGGCCUCGGCGCGGACCCGAACCCGUUCCUAGCGACCCAAGACGCCCAGCGGAUGAUGGGCGGUUCAUACCCCGAGACGGACGUCGCUCGGGCUUCGUUGUAUCAGAUGAAUGAGAUAUCGAGGCGGGCGGGCGAGGCGGGGAUGACGUUUGGGAAUGGGGGUGCGAGUGGGUCGGGGAAUGCUUCGAGGGAGGGAGGAGGAGGUGGGGAUGCGGAGGAUGGGGGUGGUGGUGGUGGUGGAGAAGGAGGAGGAGCGGAUGGAGCGGGAGAAGGGGAGAAGGAGGGGAAGGCGGAGGGGGGAUCGGGCGCAAGUGGUGAAGGGUCAUCACAAUCGCAGUCGCAGUCGCAGAUGAGGCAGCAGAAUGGGGUGUCGAGGAUUAUGGCGGCUGGGUUGGGACUGAUGGCACCGCCGGAUGGGGGAGAGAGUGGAGAACCGAUGAGUAGAGCGGACGCGUUGGCGGCUAUCGAGGAGUUACAGAGGAAUAGACCGCAGAGUCGGAUCGGGGCUGGUGUGGGCGGUGGCGGUACGGAGUCGACGAGCGAAGGCGGGUCGUCGUCUUCGGCACAGCAACAACAACAACAACAACAGCGACAACAACAAACGACGGCGCAAGUCUCGGGUUCCGAUCCGUUCAUCAUGCCUCCUUCGCCAACGCCAGGCGAACCCGGCUCGUCCGCAUCAGCAGAACAACAAGCCCAAGACGCGAUGCAAGGGUUCGGAUCGGCCUCGUCCAUCGCGCACGAAGGACUCCAGGUGUUCACGCUAGGACAUCUCAUGCCCCGGAGCGGAGUGGAUGACGCGAAUGGGAACUGGACGUUCGAUGCGAGCUCGUUGGACGGGCUUUUGCCGCUUCCGCUGGGCGAUAUGACUGCCGGCGGGACUGGUGGACCCCAGGAAGGUGUCCCCGUUCCCGAAGGCGGCGACGGGUACUCCAACUCGCUGAAUGGGGCCGGGGCGGGUCCUUCGUCGGGCUAUGCGGACGGUGGUGCGGGUGGCGAAGGAGGGAUGAGGCCGCCAUCGGCGCAGAAGUUGAGGGUGAGAAGGACGGCGUUCGUGCCUGGGUGGAGCGUGCCGCCGAGGGUGUUGUUGGUGGAGGACGACGCGGUGAGCAGGAAGCUGAGUAGCAAGUUUUUGCAGGUGUUUGGGUGUACGAUCGAUGUGGCGGUGGAUGGGAUGGCGGCGGUGAAUAAGAUGAAUUUGGAGAAGUAUGAUUUGGUGUUGAUGGAUAUCGUGAUGCCGAAGUUGGACGGUGUGUCGGCGACGAGUUUAAUCAGGCAGUUUGACCAUAUGACGCCGAUCAUCUCGAUGACGAGUAACAUGAAGCCGAACGAGGUUAUGACUUACUACCAUUCCGGUAUGAACGAUAUACUUCCGAAACCGUUCACGAAGGAAGGCCUAUUGGGCAUGCUCGAGAAACAUCUCAUGCACCUCAAAGUCAUCCAACAGCUCGCCCGGCCCCGCGUCCCCCGCUCCGUCGGAAUCCCACCCCUCUCCGAUCCCUCCUUCGAACAAGCCAUGGCCUCCGCCGUCCAGCCGAUCGCGAACAAUGGCGGGAUGCCCUCCUCUUCGAACAACGGCGACGACGACGACGGGAAGAUCAACAUCUUCGCGGGCAUGGGGCUCUCGGACGACCAGUACAACAUGAUCUUGCAGUCGUAUGUGGGAGGCGACGUGGGGCUAAUGGGACAGAUGGGGAUGCCGCCGCAGAUGGGGAAUUUGAUGAGCUCGAUGGCGAUGAUGGGCAUGAUGACCGGGGGUAUGAGUCCUGGAGGGGGUGCGAGUGGGGGUGCAGGGGGGUCGGAGAAGAGGGGGUUGGAUGAGGCGGAGGAUGAGAGGGAGGGGAAGAGGGGGAGGUUCGAGGUGCUGGAGUGAAUGAACGAACGGUGUUUUGCUAACAUGGCGUGGUUCUUGCUUCUUUCUUUCUCGAUUUCUUUCUUGAAUGUAAUCUUUAUUUGUCUCGGUCGACUCACCCGAUUCCCCUGCCCUCAUUCCCGCUUCACAUUCCCCCUCAUCCUCCCACUCCUCAAUAUAAUGCUACUUCCUAUCUUUUCUCCCUUCCUUCCUUGUCACUUUCUAGCGUUCGCGUUCGCUGUGCCUCGCAACCCAACCAAACAACCUACACCCCGGUUCUUCUUCCGCCACGCCACUGAUCCGAUCUCACACAAGUUCGAUGUACUUUGUUCUCUACGCUAUCGCUCCCCUUCCACUCUCCUGUGUAUAUGACCCCAUGCCCAUUGUUCGUUCGUAUCCAAUAUUCUGUCAUGCCAUACUGCGUGCCUUUCUUCGCUGAUAUUCUUUGUUCGAUUGGCCCCCCUCUCGAUAUCAUCUACUUACCCAUCCAUCCUGCCCAAUCACAGUCAUAGUCACACCACCACGCCCCCAUCUCAUCUGUCCACAUAACAGUACCCACUUCCCCCUUGACACCC